CAUAAAACAAGAAACGGCAGCAUAAGUCAGCUUAGUUCUUGGUUGACUGCUAGACUGGUGGCUACUGAUUUGGACCACGGUGAAUAGCUCUACACAAGGACGAUGCAUCUCCAGCUUGUGCUGGUUCUACUCCCACUGGUAGCGGGGCACUUCCACCACGGCAGACAUCACGGAGCCCACCACAGGAAGACUGGUAAUGACUAUGACGACCGCCAAGGCGAACCUUCCAUGAGAGAUCAGCGAACCUACUGGCACCCUAGAAGGGACCAGUAUGAUAACAGGCGGAAAUAUCCCAUUCCGCGAGGCGGGCCUUUAUCUAGAUCACCUUGGUUAAUGUCCUUGGUUCAUGGGAUAUCCGAAAAUGGCGUCCACAAGGCUCCCGAGAUCAACUUGAAAUUGUCUGGUCAGGUCAACCUUGUCCAUACUAUCCAGGGAAUGUCACAGGGAUCGAUGGGGAUGUUCAGACCAUUUGAGCACUAUGGUGGUCCAAGAUGGAUGCAUCGGCCUAUGUUUGGUCCAAUGGCCAAGGUGAUUUGGUUUCAACACAUGAUGGACAUUCACAAAAAGUUCCAUGACAUGAUGGGCGCCAAGAAGGAUAAACUGGACACGCAUGACGACGAUGACGAUGACGAUGACGAUGAAGACGACGAUGAAGACGACGAGGGUGAGGACGAGGACGAGGACGAGGACGAGGACGAGGAGGAGAAUACUGUUGACGAUGAAGAGAACAAUCCAAAAGGAACACGAAUUAACACUUCCUACACAAGCUGCCCCUUCUGGAUCACCAAACAGUUUCUGAAACUCUGCAACUGCUCCAGAAUCAAUGGCAAGAUGCAAAGUGUGCUCGGGUACCCGAUACAACCGUUCUAUGACGACCCAAUGAAGGUAUUUAACAACACUCCUGGCUUGAAGGAGUGGGAGUCAGGCAACAUCCGCAGCUUCAUGACGGAGAUAAGAGGGAUAGCCCCGUUCAGUUACAGGAAGCUGUUCUUUGCUGGGAUGAUUAAAUCAAUGUGCAGACAGGCCAAGUCCUUCAUCGGCUCCAUUGACCAGCUCCAGAAGAAAGCUGCUGUGAUGACCUUAACCGCACCUGUCAAACUGGCAUCAGUUCAGUCUCGAGAUACUGCCCAAGGCUCAUCUGUGGGUGGUUCCCGGGGCUCCCCAAGGACACAUUCUAAAUCGCCUUAAACAGGGCCAUCGACGUGGAUGUUUUGAAGUACAUUUAUAAAAUUGUACACUUGAGAUUCAUUAAAAGAGCUUCAAAUGGC